UUACGAUCCUACACCCUGUAAUUUCAUCCAAAACUCGCACCAAAUUCGCGAAUUUUUGGUAUGUCUUACAGCUUUUCAGGUCAGCAUCACUUGCUCUCUCUCUCUGUAGUGUUGUUGUCAAUACCUAUGUCUUCCUACUGAUUAUUCCCAAAAAUAGCUCUAUUUUAUUUAAAAAUAUAAUCAAUAUUUCAUCCUUUUACUACCAGAUCUAAACGGUUUUCGGCACCAACCUCGAAAUUUUUGACUUUGUUUGUAAAAACCUUCGAAGCAACUGCAACAAAUCCUUCAAAGUAAGCUCUUGCAAUUCUGUUUCAGAAACAGAAGCCAAAGAGGUGUUUGUUUCUCGAGAAAGUAUGUUUUUGCUUCAGUAUUUCUGUUGUUCCCGCGUUAGUUAUCAAUGGACCUGUGUUAUAUAUCUACAAGCUUUUCUCUUCCUCAACGACCUCGACCCUUCUUUUCUUUUGUUUCCUGAUCUCCUAACUGACGCUCUCGCACUAUGUAAAUCCGUUUCAGUGACUUCUUCUUGCUAAAUUUUGUCUCUUUACGCGACAACGAAGCAGGAAGUGAUUAAAAGUAACGCCAACAUUUUGUUGGCCUUGGUUUUCGAGUUGGCCAGAGUUUUAUGCGUGAAGUUUUGAUCGGAAUUAGGGUUUUUUGAGUUUUUGAAUGUCUCCAAUGCGGUGCUUGUGAGACAAGAAUUUCUACUCGGGGAGGAAGAAAGUGGGAAUUGUUGAGUGUAAGUGGUGGUAGUAGGGUUUAAAUUUGUGGGAUUAGAGAUGAUGUUAUCAGCGACGACGCCGAUGGGGACGGGUAGGAGCUCGUUGGAGGAGAUGCUGAACUCGCUCCGGCGCCGGGAUGAGGCCGAGAAGCCAAAGGACCUCCCGCCGGCACUGCCAGCACGGCCCACGUCCAGGGGGCGGCUGCCCUCAGCACGACGCUCACUUCCAACAGACUUCAAGGUCUGUGGCAAUGAUGAUGGAAAAGGUGUCGGGAAUGGCGGAGUGGCCAAUGAGGUCAAAGGGAAGGAGGAGGGGAAGAGGAAGGAGAAGGAGUUAGGGUCGAAAAUGGUAAGCUUUGGGAGCAAGAAGAUGAAGAGAGAGCGGAGUGUGGAUUCUUCACCUUAUGUGGACGAGGAAGGGAAGAAUCCGCAAUUGCAGGGUUUGGAAACUUCAAAUUGCAUGUCCGAGGCAGGUUCCACGCAAAAAAUGAAAGAGCCAGAGUGGGAUGAUAACAUCGAUUAUUUUAUCAAGAAGAAACUCCGUGUUUGGUGCCGGCUACCCUGUGGGAGGUGGGAAUUGGGUGUCAUACUAUCAACUUCAGGGGAGGAAGCAUUCAUUACCCUUUCAAAUGGAAAUGCUGCGAAAGUGGCCACAGGAGAACUCUUGCCAGCUAACCCAGAUAUCCUAGAGGGUGUGGAUGAUCUCAUGCAACUUAGCUAUUUGAAUGAGCCAUCAGUUCUUCAGAAUCUCCACUUCAGAUAUUCUCAGGAGAUGAUUUAUAGUAAAGCAGGACCACUGCUGAUUGCUGUCAAUCCUUUCAAAGAAGUCAAUAUAUAUGAACAUGAUUUUGUCACAGCUUACCGACGUAAAGUCAUGGACAGCCCUCAUAUCUAUGCUAUAGCAGAUACUGCUUAUGAUGCGAUGAUGAGAGAUGAAGUAAACCAAUCCAUAAUUAUUAGUGGGGAAAGCGGUGCUGGGAAAACCGAGACUGCAAAAUUUGCGAUGCAGUACUUGGCUGCCCUUGGUGGUGGCAGUGGCGGAAUUGAGUAUGAAAUCCUUCAGACAAAUCUUAUACUUGAAGCAUUUGGGAAUGCAAAGACAUCCAGGAAUGAUAACUCAAGCCGAUUUGGGAAGUUGAUUGAAAUUCAUUUUAGCACAUCGGGGAAGAUAUGUGGUGCUAAAAUCCAAACUUUUCUCUUAGAGAAGUCAAGAGUAGUGCAGCUGGCUGCUGGUGAAAGAUCAUACCAUAUAUUUUAUCAAAUAUGUGCUGGUGCUUCAUCAAGUCUUAGAGCAAUGCUGAGCCUCAAAAGGGCGAGUGAUUACCACUAUCUUAACCAGCGUGAAUGCUUGGCCAUUGAUGGUGUUGAUGAUGCCCAAAGAUUUUGUAAGCUUAUGGUAAUAGAGGAAGCUUUAGACAUAAUUCAGAUCUGCAAAGAAGAUCAAGAGCAGGUAUUUGCAAUGCUUACUGCAGUAUUAUGGCUGGGAAACAUAUCAUUUCAAGUAAUUGACAGUGAAAAUCAUGUGCAAGUGUUGAAUGACGAAGCUGUAAAUAUUGCUGCCAGGCUUUUGGGUUGCAGUACACAGGAGUUGAUGCUGGCUUUAUCUAUGCAUAAAAUCCAAGCUGGGAAGGAUAUCAUUGCUAAAAAGUUGACACUGCAGCAGGCAAUUGAUGUGAGAGAUGCACUUGCAAAGUUUAUUUAUGCAAGUUUGUUUGACUGGCUUGUGGAACAAAUCAACAUGUCACUUGAAGUGGGCAAACAGUGUAGUGGGAGAUCCAUAAGUAUCCUUGAUAUUUAUGGGUUUGAGUCAUUUAAGAAGAAUAGCUUUGAACAAUUUUGCAUCAAUUAUGCAAAUGAAAGGCUGCAGCAACAUUUCAAUCGACAUCUUUUCAAGCUCAAGCAGGAGGAAUAUGAGCUGGAUGGGGUUGAUUGGACUAAAGUUGAUUUUGAGGACAACCAAGAAUGCUUGAAUCUCAUUGAGAAGAAGCCUAUAGGGCUGCUUUCUUUGUUGGAGGAGGAAUCAAAUUUCCCCAAGGCUACUGAUUUGACUUUUGCCAAUAAGCUUAAGCAGCAUUUAAGUACUAAUCCUUGCUUUAAAGGAGAAAGAGGCAGGGCAUUUGGGGUUCAUCACUAUGCCGGAGAGGUCCAAUAUGAUACAAAUGGCUUUCUGGAAAAGAAUCGAGAUCUAUUGCACUCUGAUUUCAUUCAACUCCUAUCAUCAUGCAGUUUGCAAUUACCACGAUUGUUUGCCUCGAAAAGGCCUCACAACUCCCAGAAAAUGCCAAACACGUCAUGUCAGUUAGGUUCUCUGGACUCCCCAAUGCAGAGUGUUGGCACAAAGUUCAAGGGCCAACUUUUCAAAUUAAUGCAUCAGUUGGAGAAUACCACACCUCAUUUCAUUUGCUGUAUAAGACCAAAUAAUAAACAGCUUCCUGGCAUAUAUGAAGAAGACCUUGUCUUUCAACAGCUCAAGUGUUGUGGAGUUUUGGAGGUUGUUAGGAUCUCGAGAUCUGGAUAUCUUACUCGAGUGACACAUCAAGAGUUUGCUGAAAGGUAUGGUUUUCUACUUUUGGAGACAAACAUUCCUCAGGAUCCAUUGAGUGUAUCAGUCGCUAUUCUACAACGGUUUAAUGUCCUCCCCGAAAUGUAUCAAGUUGGUUAUACCAAAUUGUUUCUGCGUACAGGGCAGAUUGGUGCCUUCGAGGACAGGAGAAAACAAGUUCUAAGAGGUGUAGUAGGAGUUCAGAAGCGUUUUCGUGGUUGCAAGGAUCGUCGCUACUUUCAUGAACUCAAGAAAGGAGUUGUUGCAUUACAAUCGUGUAUACGUGGUGAAAAUAGCAGAAGGCAUUAUGAUAUCACGUCAAGGAGGUGCACCACUAAUUCUCUGCAGACACUUGAUAAGAUGCUGAUGGCAGCUGUUCAUUUACAAUCUGUGCUUCGAGGAUGGUUGGCGCGGAAGCAAUUCAGAGAAAUGAGAAACUGUAAAAAGUCGAAUCAUGAGCCUACAAAAACCAAGCGGAAUCAGAACAAUAAGAUUUCUGAAGUGAAGGAUGUUUCACAACAGGAGAUUCCGGUUUUACCUUCGGCUCUGGCAGAGCUUCAAAGGAGGGUUCGCAAGGCCGAGGCAACUCUUGGGCAAAAGGAAGAGGAAAAUGCAGCUCUAAGGGAGCAAUUACAACAGUUUGAGACCAGGUGGUCAGAAUAUGAGGCAAAGAUGAAAAGAAUGGAGGAAAUGUGGCAAAAGCAGACGUCAUCUUUGCAAAUGAGCCUAGCUGCAGCCAGAAAAAGUCUUACUGCUGACAGCACUGCAUGUCAACCUGGAAGACAUUCUACCUCUCCUCUCUGUUAUGAUUCGGAGGAAAUUAUGUCUACUGGAUCUCGAACUCCAGGUACGCCCAUCAAAUUUUCUACAGCCACCCCUGAUGUUGGAGCCGGCAGAGAGACGAUUAGAAAUAUCAGUGUGAUGGGCAAUCUUGUCAAGGAAUUUGAGCUGCAGAGGCAGUCUUUCGAUGAUGAUGCAAAAGCUCUCAUUGAGGUCAGAGCGACGCAAUCUGCUUCCCAUAUUACUCCUGAUGAAGAGCUACGAAAGUUGAAAUUCAGGUUUGAAACAUGGAAGAAAGAGUACAAGGUUAGAUUACGGGAAACCAAGGCAAGGCUUCAUAAACUGGGGCAUGCAGAUGCUGACAAAAGUCGUCGAAAAUGGUGGGGGAAGAUCGGAUCAAGAGCAUCUUAGACAUUCAUUUCUUGGCGAUCAUACCCUUGGUAUGGAAAAAGAGACGUAAUGACAGAAGAAACUCUUUAAUAACGGCCCAGAGAUAUAUUCUCGAGUGCUCAUCUCUGUCCUGUCUAUGCCUACCAUGGUCGAUAAUUCUACAUGGCAACGGUUUCUCAGUCCAACUAGUCCGGCCGGUCUUUCAACCGGUCUCCCGGCUCCCUGCAUGCGGCUUACGCUUGGAGUAAUUGAAUUGUGUACCUACAGUUCUUGUCUCAUGGUACUCCUGAACAUGUGCAUAUCCAAAUAGGAACUUGUUGAUAGUUUAGGCUAUUUCUGUAUAUUUUCAUUAGUAUGUCUAGCUUUUCUGGGGCCUGUUAUUCAAUAUAUGAACAUCAAACAAUGAUUAUGUUCUUCAAUUCUGUUUUUUUAAAUUAUC